CAGCAGCUUCCAAAAUAAUGCGUUACCAAACAACGUUUUGGAUCACUUCGAAAAUUGCUUAAUUCAAUCAUUAUUUGAGUGUCUAACAAUACAGUCAAACUUAGUCCAUACUGCUCCGCUUGUUCAGCACAAUGUCUGCAAUUUUUAAUUCAUACCGGAUGUUUGCUUGGUCGGUUGGUAGGCGGUGGUUGUCAUCAGAAUGUUUCGAGAAGAGUUUAUUGGAAACAGAAAGAAUUCGAACUGUUAGUCCACAGUCGGUUCAUUGGUUUCCAGGACAUAUGCAUAAAGGCAUGGAGGCUAUCCAUUCUAAACUCCCACUUGUUGAUAUUAUCAUUGAAGUCCACGAUGCAAGAAUACCUUUCUCGGGUAGACCAGAGUUUUUUCAAAAGUUUGAAAUGACAAGGCCUACUAUUUUACUUCUGAAUAAAGUUGAUCUGGCGGAAAAAGUUACUGAUCGAGAGGCAUACAAGGCUCGGAUCCUAGAAGCAUCAAAGAUUGUCAACCGAAGUCCAAUUGAAGUGUACUAUACUCAACUAAAUGCGCCAGAAAAGCAAAAACGAACUCUGAAAAGAAUAAUGUCUAGUCUACCUCAUUUGGCUGCCAGUGCAGGAAAUAUUGUUAAUUCUACUAUAACUCUAAUGGUUGUGGGUAUACCGAAUAGUGGAAAAAGUACAUUGAUUAAUGCUUUACGCGGAAUUGGACGUGGAGGUCCUGGGGGUGCAACAAGAGUUGGUCGUAAUGCAGGUCAAACUCGUUCUGUUGGCCAACCAAUUAUCUUGUGCAGGGGAAAACUAAACAAUAUGCUGGAUGAAACGGACUAUCAAAUGAACAGCUCUGAUGAUUACAGAAUUCAAGUUUUUGAUACCCCUGGUAUUUUGGAACCUCGUGCUCAAACUUUAGCUGAACGAUUAAGUCUUUGUGUUUGUGGAGCUGUUAAUCUACAUUCCGUUCAGCAAGAAAUACUAGUUGACUAUCUAUUAUUCUGGUGGAAUUAUCGUCAACGAACAGAGUAUAUUACUCGUCUCGAUCUCUCUGGUCCAAUAACAGAUGUCAAUGAAUUGUUAAUCCAUGCAUGCAUGAAGAAUAAUUUUUUUCUGAUUACUCAAAAUCCACGUUGGCAAGCUCGUGAAAUUGAGCAUAUCGAUGAACUGUCUUCAAAUAAUAGUACUAGUCGAGAGAUAAAGAUACCGGAUAUACGACGUGCUGCUUCAUAUAUUCUUGAUCUAUUCAAUAAAGGACAUUUUGGUCGAACUACUUUUCUACCUGAAGAUGAAUUGGCAGCUAGUAAAUUUUUUCAUCUUGCACGCAGACAUUGAUAGAGUUCGCAGUUUGAUAUUCUAUAUGAC